AUGCGGCGCGACAUCUCUCGGAUGCCGGACUGUCUUUUCGACACUUUACGACUUUCUCCAAAGGCCUUUUCAUACGUUUCAAACCCAUGGAAGAGACGACAUCCAUUCGACGGCGGCUUUUCGCGUCUUCUCACCUCCAGUCACAUCCGUCACGGUCACGCUGCAAGCACAGGAUUUCCUAAGUCUCAAUGUGCGGAACCUGCUUCACCAUGGACUGCAUCUCAUGCUGAAAUGGAGGUCAUGCAUUACACUCAAUUCUUUUCGGGCUCGAAUACGACCGUUAAGGUCCUCUGCGACACCGUUUUCUCCAACGGCAUCCACAGGGCCAGAAUUGACUUGUCGUACAUUUUGCGAGGGAUUCAGGCUGGCAAACUUUUACUACAUGAUCACCGACUGCUCACCAUCCUUCCUAUCGACAUUUCCGAACACAUCGACUGGCUCAUUCGUCAUUUGGGUGUUUUUUCAGCCCCCAAAGCCAUCCAAGAGUUCAGGAUGUUACUCAGACAACUUAUCAAGUGUCUCUAG